AAACAAACCAGAAACCAAACCAGAAACCCAAAACUCUACAGAUAAAACCCCCUUUGAGACUCAAACUCAGACACAAACACAAACACAAACACAAUGUGUGAGGCCUUAAAGAACAACUACGAGCUCUGUGAAGUGAUCGGCAGGGGAAAAUUCGGCACAAUCUCUCGCUGUUUUUCACCCUCUUCAAACUCCUUCUUCGCCUGCAAAGUCAUCGACAAGGCCCUCCUCACCGACCCUCUGGAUCGUGAGUGUUUACAGAACGAACCAAAGUUUAUGACCCUUUUGUCUCCGCAUCAAAAUAUCGUUCAAAUCUACAACGUUUACGAAACCGAGGAGUUUCUGUCCAUUGUUAUGGAGCUCUGCGAACCGGUAACAUUGUACGACGAGAUCUUACAGGGUCCCGUGUCGGAAGCGCGUGCGGCCGUGUACAUGAAACAGUUGCUUUCAGCUCUUGCGCAUUGUCACCGGUUCGGUGUUGUUCAUCGUGACAUUAAGCCGGAAAAUGUUUUUCUUGAUUCGAGAAAUAAGAUAAAGCUUGGGGAUUUCGGGUCGGCGGAUUGGCUCGGGGAGGUGGGAACCACGACUGGGCUUGUGGGGACGCCGUAUUACGUGGCGCCGGAGGUGGUGAUGGGGAUGGAGUAUAAUGAGAAGGUUGACGUAUGGAGUGCUGGUGUUGUUCUGUACACGAUGUUGGCUGGGAUCCCGCCUUUUUAUGGAGAGACGGCUUCCGAGAUUUUUGAGGCUGUUGUUAGAGGGAAUUUGAGGUUUCCAACCAGGAUUUUUCGAUCAGUCUCGCCGGCGGCUAAGGAUUUGUUGAGGAAGAUGAUUUGUAGAGACGUGUCCAGGAGAUUCUCUGCCGAACAGGCUCUGAGGCACCCUUGGAUACUAAAUGGAGGAGAAACAGCUUCAAUGGACUGAUAUGAUUUCUGAUCUGACCCAAAAGACUUUCUCUUAUCCGAGGAAAUAAAUAAGUCAAAAAUCAUAGG